CGAAGCGUCGGAAAGUGAGUAGAGGAACCUGCGCUGAACCUUCAUUACACCGCAGCUCUUUAAAACAGCAGUGCCCGUCACUGAUAUGUCUUAACUUAACUCUUAAUAUGUACCUGGAAGUAUAUUCCUUAUCUCUAUUUAAGCAUGGGAGUGAAAAAGUGCUGGUACCGAACCAGGCGGGAUUGAGUCUCGUGCGUUCAUCCACCUCGUGCCAACUUUGUGGAAAUAUGUAACUGUUGACAAAUGAGGUUGUAAGAUGGAGCAGUCGGCUACCCUCGAUAUAGAGACGCUCAAGAUCACCCAGGAUCAGUUUGUUCUCGCGUCACACUCCCUGCACGUCCAGCGGCCGGGCUGCGGCGCCGUGUACCACGUGGGUCUCUACGGCUGGAGGAAACGAUGCCUCUAUUUCCUGCUGCUGCUGCUGCUGGUCAUCAUCAUAGUCAACCUGGCCCUCACCGUCUGGAUCCUGAAGGUCAUGAAUUUUUCAGUGGAUGGAAUGGGAAACCUCCGGUUGAACCAGGAUGGGAUCCACUUGGACGGCGUCAGCGAGUUUCUGCAGCCGCUGUACGUCAAUGAGAUCCAGUCCAGAAGGGACAGCUUGCUGGUCUUGCGGUCAGAAAAGAACGUAACACUGAAUGCCAGAAACAGCCAAGGCCAGCUAACUGGUCAGCUUACAGUGGGACCUGAGUCUGUGCAGGCCCAGUGUCAGAGGCUGGAGGUGCGAAGCACCGACGGAGGCCGACUCCUGUUCUCUGCAGAUGACCAGGAGGUUACGAUGACAACAGAGAGGUUCACAGUCACAGGCUUGGAAGGAGCUGUGUUUGGACACUCCGUGGAGACUCCACUGGUCCAGGCAAAGACUUCUGAGGACCUGAAGCUGGAGUCUCCAACACGAGCUCUUACCAUGGAGGCUCCCAGGGGCGUGGAGGUGAACGCUGCCAAGGGGCCGCUGAGGAUCAGCGGCAGGAAGGACCUGCAGCUGGAGUCCACGGAGGGAGAGAUACUUCUAGAUGCCAACAGCAUUCAGCUCGGAAGACUGCCACUUGGCAUGUACACGGCGUCUCCCAGUCAGGCCUUCCAGGAACAGGCCGUAUUCGAGGUGUGUGUUUGCCCCAGCGGCAAGAUUUACCUGGCUCCUGCAGAGACCGGCUCGUCCUGCCAGGCCAUGAGCAGCAUCUGCCUGUGGAGCUGACCUGGGGGAGGCAAGGACAUCCUGGACAUCUGGAAUCCGAGCUGGGACAGAGAGCGGAAACGCACCGGGGGUUGGAGAUACUAACGUUUCACUGUGUGAGCUGUCGCAUCGCAUCAGGACAGAAGCCGUCUGCAGUAGAUUAAUGGAGGUCAGGACUCCGCUGACAGCCAGGACGAAAAACAACAGCAGCUCUCUGAAAUCAGGAAUAUGUAAAGAACUAUUUCCACUACUUUAUUAGAGUCAGAGGAUACAGCUUUUAUUUUUCUACUCCAGGUUUAAUCGCAGGCAUGAUGUGAAUUUCUCAAGUCUGAAUUGAGAAUAGAUGCGGAGAAGAUCAAGCACAGGUGCCUUCAGCUUUAAAUGUCACACUGAUGCGGUGUGUUGUCAUCGGCUGUAACGGCAGAAAGUCAAGUAAGCACAACACGAGACACUUUUUAAUUUGCUAAAAAGAUAUGUAUCAGCUAUGUUAGGGGCCAUAUGACAUUAAACAUGUUCUU